GAAGAAGAAGCAGUUGGGUUUUUUUUGAGUUUAAAGUAAAGUGAGGAUCGAGACGUGUUGUGUUACUAUUAGUCCGUGACACGUUGCUCCGGCCACGUAAGCAUCCGGGUCAACUUUCAAAUUUUGGGCCUGUACGUGUGGGCUUGUUGUUUUGGGCUGUCACUGUCUUCCAUUAUUCCAUACAGGUUUUAGUUAUAAGAUCAGCCUAUACAUUCGACUAGCAAAAACCCUAAACCCUUUUGAAGAUGGCACAGUUGAGCGUUUCAUCAGCAGAGAGCGUAGCGAAUAUUGAAGAGCUUCUUAGUCAGAUUCUUGUAUGGGUUCCUGCUCUAUCUCUGAUCCGUUUCAAGUGCGUCUCCAAGCACUGGCUCGCUCUCAUCUCCGACCCCGAGUUCCGUCGCCGUCACACCCUCCGAAACCCUAACUCCAAAAUCUCAGCUUUCUUCUCUCCCCAAACCAGUGAAGAAACCUUCGAGUCCAUCCGUCUUGGUAACCAUGAAAUCCCACCUAGGUGCAAUCCCUUCAAAACCCUAAACAAUUCCGUCGCUGAUGAAUCAAAGUUGAGGAUUCUUCAGUCCUGCAAUGGCCUCUUUCUCUGCCAUAUUCCUAUAUUUGGAGAACAAACAAAACAUCAUCCCGUAUAUGUUGUCAAUCCCACAACCAACCAAUUCCGGGUUCUUUCUUCUCCAACUGUCAAAGAAGACAUGGACAUAAUGGCUUUUGUACGCUACGCUUUGGCUUUUGAUCCUUCCACAUCGCCUCAUUACAAGGUGGUCUGCGUGAAUAACUUCCCCCAUUAUUAUAAAAGGGGGCAGCACAAAAUAGACAUAUAUUCAUCUGAGACCGGAAAGUGGAAGCGUCUUGAGGUUCCUUUCUUCCCAAGCCCCUCUGACGUGGGCAGACACCAUGAUUCCAUGAAGCAGGCCAUGCACUUUGACUCCAGGAGUAGGGAAGGCGCCGUAUACUGCAACGGCGCAGUUCAUUGGACAAGAGACAGAGGGGUAGAAAGCUUGCCAUUCUGCUGGUUCCCAGAUGACAGGGUUGGAUUCACAAGAGAGGAAACUGAUGUGCUGCACUACUUCGACAUAGGCCAAGAGCGUUUGCUGGUCGCUCCAGCCACCCCUCCUGUCCCCUUGGUUGUCAAGAACAUUCCACUGAAGGUUAGUGGUUUUGGCUGCAAGACUCCCACUGUGUGGCCGUCACUGACUAAGAGAUAUUUUGGGGAGUGCGGUGGCUGUUUGUACUUGAUUGAGACUUAUAAGCAUUGUAACACUCAAUUUGACGUCAUGGAGAUGGAGAGGGACUACUCUGGCUGGCUUGUCAAGUAUCAUGUUGAUCUUAAUCCUCUGGUCGCAGCUCUUAAUCCUGGACAAGAUUGGAAUGGUUUUGAAGUCUUGUGCCUUUCUCAAGAGGAGGAAACAGAUAACGGGGUUGAGGAUUCUUCAGCUGAUCUUUUAUUGCACAUGCCUGGUAAGGUCAUAUCUUAUAAUUUUUGGAAUAAGAGCUUCAAGACAUCUGUUGAGUUGGCCAAUAAGGAACUUUUUCUAGCUUCACGUCAUAAUCAUCGUACUCGAGAGGAUGUUAUUUUUCCUUACAUGGAGACUCUAGCUUGUUUGUGAGGAUGGAAUCUAUAUGUAUCCCGGCCCAUGCAUAUUA